AUGCUAUCUGUCUUGGCGAAAUAUCACCGGUUUUGCUACUUUGCCGGCUGGGCACGUUACCGUGCCGCCCCUGUGGCCUUCAACCCCGAAGACGUCGGCGUCAAGCUGUGCACACAUCUUGCCUACGCCUUCGCCAACGUGGACGACUCCGGAACUAAAAUUGUCCCAGCAGAUCCCUUGGAUGACCCAGACAUUUACAAGCGUUUUACCGAUCUGAAGAAAAAGGACCCCGACCUGAAGCUACUUAUAUCUAUUGGAGGUUGGAAUGACAGUCCCAGAGUUUUCAGCAACCUCGUCUCUUCUGUCAACAACAUCAAUACAUUUGCUGAAAACACCAUCAGCUUUCUGCGAAGCCGAAAUUUUGAUGGCCUUGACGUAGAUUGGGAGUUUCCGGCAGAUAGAGGAAGUCCUCGUUCUGAUAAACGUCGCUUUACAAGAAUGAUCCAGCUAAUACGCGAGGCUUUUGACACCGAGGCGUCUCGGACUGGCAAGGACAGACUCCUACUAACCGCUGCCUUAUCCCCAGGGCGUUAUCAGGUCAGGCUGUCGUACGAGCCGGUCAAGCUCGCCAGUUACCUGGAUCUGAUCAACCUGAUGACGUACGACAUGCACGGGCUUUGGGACGGACUGAAGACGGCGGCUCACCACGCUGCCCUCUACGGCACGCGCACUGACCGGACCCGCAACGUCGACUUCGCUGCAACGUACUGGGCCAGUCUGGGCGUUCCUAGGGACAAGAUUCUACUGGGUGUCCCCUUCUACAGUCGGACGUAUACGUUGUCCGAAGGGAGUGUGAGUGGACCCGGCAGAGCUGGUAACUACACGAGACACAGUGGGACACUUGCGUACUUUGAGGUGUGCAAGAUCCUGCAGGACGGCGCCACUGGUCGGCGAAUCGACUCACAGAAGGUCCCCUACCUGGUCAGCAAGGACCAGUGGGUGGGGUAUGAUGACGAGAAGAGUCUGGCGGCGAAGGUGCACUACGUUGUGGACCACGGGUUUGGCGGCGUGAUGGUGUGGGCCCUGGACUUGGACGACUGCAAGGGCAUCUGUGGCAAGACUUUCCCUCUAAUCAACGCCGUGAAUCGCGCAUUUCGGACCUUCACUGGACGACGAAGAUACAUUCCAUUAUUUGGGUGACACACGAUAUAUUGUGUAUCUACAGCGUCAGUAUGAAAAACAGAGCGACUUUACCCGCCGUUGUUCUAUUGGGAACUUGCAGCGUAACCAAGAAAGUUUGUUUCUACUUGUAUCAAUGCUGCAUCAGUAUUCGCUGAGGUCAUAAAACUAUCAACGAGGCUGCCAUUAAGUGGAACAAAACCGAGCCUACUUAUGGCCACGUGCUUUGUUAUUAGUUACGGAUCCGCCAGUACAAAAAAACAUGGUCACGACUUUUCAAGUAGACUUGCCUUGGCAUGCGUUUGUGGGGCAGGAUCCGCUCACUUUUAUGCGAAAACCCGGUAUCACCACUGUUUGAAGGUGAUACCUAAACGAAGCUCAGGAUAGAGUCCGAUGGUACAAUGGCUUCUGCUUUCAGAGAAGUUUUCGUAUGAUUAUGUAAAUGGUUUACAUUUGUCGUGUCUAUGAGUUUAUUUUUUUAUCAGUGGAGAUGAACAGACAUGUUAUACUGUUUAUUAAUAAUACUAUGUUGCAAUAAAAUCAACAUCCGUACUAUCUAA